AUGGCCUCGAAUGGCCCCUACUAUCAGCCCGUCCAGGCGCAUGACCAACCAGUCUCGGAUGAGAUGCGCCUUGCCCAAGGAAUCUUGGACUAUACGGCUUCAGUCCCUCAAGCAUCCAUGUACCCUGAGCCCAACUCGGAAUACCAUCAUGCCCAGCAGCUGGCCUCGGACCAGGACGUCGAAGAUCAUGCUCAGCUACAAGGACUCGUCGAGGCUGCCACCAGCGCUGCCGCCCAAGAACAGAUUCGCCAACGCAAUCAACAGCUUCAGUUCGCUCACUCAGACCAAGAUCUGGCCUCUCUGCUGCGCGAUCCCUCUGCUAGAUUGUCGGCCUCGAAGCGGAAGCGCUCCAGCUCUCUCGACAACGAUGAUCCAGCUUCUGCGAGCGAAUCUUCCAAGCGCCAAAGACACUCUGAAGACAAUCGCCACCACUCCCCACACCUCGAUGCUCGAGCUGCUGGCGUCCACUCUGCCGCCGCUUUGUUUCGACCUGCCUCGGACUCUUCCAAGAAAUAUACUCGUCCUCCCAUGUCGAAACUGUUCACCUCGCUCGAGCUGUCUCCAGAGAAUUUCCUAUACCUGCAGGCUGCUGCGAAACAAUACAUGCUCAACACCGACUACCCCGAUCGACAGGCGUGUGUAGGCAACAGAGGAAGAGGUGAUAAUGAGAUGGUCAAGGCUAGAAUGUACCAGUGCGUCCGCGAGUUCCUUGAGGCCGAGGGUUGGGGAGAAAAGUACUUUGGGGAAAAUGCACCUCCGCCAAAUGACGGAGAGGCCAAUGCACCACCUCAACCACGACGCUACAUCUGGCCGCGCGACAGGGACCGAAUCAUCGCACUUUGCACUCCACUCCUACGUCGCAUGGUCACGAACGAGCGCCAGAGACAGUACGCUAUAGAGACACGCAAGGGCGGCAAACCGGACAAGAAUUCGCAAGAUCCCACUGAUCCUCAGAUUCAUCAUUCUGCUCAGGAUCAAGACGGGGUUUCCAAUCCCGCUCAUGAUGGCCACUCAGAACCCUACGACUCGCGUUUGGACACUACACCGGCUUAUCACCUCUAUCUCAUUGCUCCCGAGUCCGGUCAACUUGUGCGAGACCGCAUCUGCUUCACAUUGGAAGAGGAGUUUAGCUGGCAGUGGCUAGUUGACACACUAGUGAGCAAUUGGUGCAGUGCGCUGCAGAUUGUCCAACCUCCACCGGAUAUCGCGGCCAGCAUACUUGAGCGCUUUACGAUCAAAGUCCUUACUUCAUCUGGUUUGACCACUGUUUCUGGCGAGGGUGAAUGGCAGUUGGCUGUUCAAGACAUCCAUCAAACCAUCUGGCUGGACAACAUCGUCAAGGUUGUGGCUGAGGGCCCAGCUACACCAUAG